AGAAGAAGGCCGGAGAAACUAGGAAAACCGAAAAACUCGCGCGAACCUUGCAAAACUCGAACAUUCUCCCGCGCCUACGGCUCCCUCCUCCCAUCUCAAGUAAAAUCUAACCGUCACAGCUUUUCCAAUCCACCCAUCCUCAUUCCCGUUCGCCUCGCCGCUCCCCGACCUCGACUCGCCGAAAUCCCGGGAGGAGAGGACGCGGGCGGCGCUAUGGACACGGAGCCGUUCGACGAGGCGGAGCUCCUGGCGCUCCCACCGUCCCCCGUCGCGUCCCCGCCUCGUCGCCUCAAGCGUCUCAAGAAAUCCUCCUCCCAAGCCACCGCCACCACCGCCACUACCACCAGCCCUCAUGUCGGCUCCCCGCCUCCGCCUUUGUCGCCUCCGCCUCCGCCGCUGCUGGCGGAGGCGACGCCGGGCGAGGAAACCCUGGCGUUCCCUUCCCGCGACACCUCCCCACACCCGCCGACGCCGCCAGAUGCGGAUGCCCCGACUCCGCUACCGCAUCCCUCUCCCGCCCCCGUGUCGCCGCCGCUGCAGCCGACCGUCACCCCCGACAACGACAGCGACGAGGAGGACGACGGGCUCGACCCGCUGUUCUCCGGGGCCGCCGGCGUCGCGCAGUGGGACCCGCUGGGCGCGCCGGCCGAAGGGGACGGUGAGGGCGACGACGACGACGACGGACUGGGGGGCGGCGGCCUCAUCGAGGAGCUACGGAGGGAACAGAGGUCUGCGAAGAAGCGUCUCGACAUGGACGAAGCGGACGGGGAGGUGGCUUCGGGUGCGGGGGCGAGGGCGGAGGCAAAGGGGAAGAGGAGCAAGAGGAAGAGGAAAGAGGAGGCACCGACCAUGGAGUCGGCCCGGGAGAAGAAGCGAUCUGAGAAGGAAAGGAGGGCGCAGCUUGAUUCGAUCCAUGCCGAGUCACAGAGGCUGCUGCGGGAGACGAGGAAGGCGUCGUUCAAACCAACUGUGCAGCCAGUUCACAAGCCCAUCUCAUCUGUCCUGGAGAAGAUCCGCCUUCGUAAGAUGGAGGUUCUGAAGAAGUACAGAUUUUUCUCUCUGAGAUCAAAUACUUCUAUUGAAGACAGUGAUGACAAUGAUGCUGUUCCGGAGCCAGUGGUUGAUUUGGCUGAGCAAUUGGAUGUGCCUCAGUCUAAAGAAGUGGCACUUGAUAAAGACUUGAGGAUUGAUGGCGCUGAAAAGGAGCUUGGAGCAAAUGGCCACAGCCUUGAUCGGUGUGAUAGUGUUCAAGAGGAUGAGGAUGGUUUGAGUUGCAAGGAGAAAUAUCUCUAUAACUGUGGUACCAAAGCUUCAGAUGAGGAAUUUUCUGAUAGAUUGCAAGAGAAUCACGAGAACACCCAGCCAAGUAAUAAUCAUAACGAUUCAGUAGAUCAGAGUCAACUGCCCCCUUCUUCAAGCCCUACUGAGAGUACAGAUGAAAUUUCAUCAGAAGACGAAGAAAAUAAUGAUAAAGAGAACAUGGAUCCAAGCGCUCAGAAUAAUGAUGUACAUACUCUUGAACACCUCCAACAAGCCAUCGGAGGAAACUCACGUCCAGAUGAUGCUAUCUUAAAGGAUUUUCUAGAUGAUGAAGCUGAGGAAGAGGAUGAUAGUGACAAUGACAUGACUAGAUUUAAGGACAAUGAAGAAGAUGAUGGAAGCGAUGAAAACGAGGUGUUCAAUGACCUAAUAGCAGCUGGUUAUGAAGAAAAAGAAGUAGAUCACGAGAAGCGUAAUGAACUCCACCAAAAGUGGCUUCAACAACAGGAUGCUGCUGAAACAAAUAAUGUUAUCCAAAGGCUGAAGUUUGGUCAUCGGGAGCAAAAAGAAUCAGCAUAUGAAGAUGAAGACGAAGACGAAGACGAAGAUGAAGAUGAAGAUGUAGCUGAUUGUGAGGAAGGAUCCCAAAAUGAAGAUUUAACUCCAGCAAAUAUUGUGCGACAAAAUUCAGAGAAGGCAAAACAGAUGAUUGCAAAGAUGUUUGAAGAUGACAAUGAUACUUAUGAGCACUCGGAUGAUGAGGAAAUAGAGGAGCAUUUGGCUCGUCAGCGCAUUUCAAAGCGAGAAGUUGAUAAUAAUACAUUGAUAUCCCCAUUAGAAGAUGACAACUCAAGGGAGGUAUUUAGUCUAAUAAAGAAGCUCAAUAUUGCUCCUAAACCUAAGAUGAGAGGAAAGCAAUCAACAUCAAAUCAUGAAAUGCUUAUGGCUGGAAGGAACACCAUUGCUUCAAAGUCAUCGUUUCUUGGACGAACAGCCAGUGGUUCACUGGCAUCUUCUCACAGAUCAGUCUAUAGAUCCUAUGUAUUUGGUCGUGAUGACAGCAAUAGCAGCAGUAGGAGCUGCAUUUCUACUUCAGAGAGUAAUUUAGAUCUGGAUCAGACCAAUUCCUCUCAACCCAAGAAGGCCAAGUUCAGUUCACAGCCGAAACCAGAGGGGACAAGGGCAACUCCAGAGUGUAACACGAGUUCAGGUGUUUCCCUCUUCGACGUCCUGCGCAGGACUUCAGAGCAGAGCAGUCAGGAAAGCUGUAGCACAAUCACAGAAAGUCAAGCUGUGCACCAGUUCUCGGCAUUCAAGUUAUCAAGGAGGUUUUCCAAGGUGGGUUCAAAAAAUUGACAAACUCUAGAUGGCUGUUAGUAUCGAGAGGGUUACUGUUGGAGCUUAUGGGGCAACGCGUUGAGUUAGUUUCGAGCUUCAAACCGCCAAAAUGUUCCGGAUUGCACCAUGAGCGCCAGGUGUUUUAUGCACGAACUGAGAAUGCUGAGACCUGGCCCUGUUGUAGAUUAUGAAACCCAGAAUCUUGUUGUGUGUACUCGUAUGCUCUUGAGAACGCACGCUGAGUUUCCUGAGAUGUUUAAAGUGGAGUGUAAUGUUUGCUUAUUCUCUCUGCAUUGUCUCAUGAGAUAGGUAGAUGUUGUAAGGCUUUUACCAAAACCAAAUGUUCGAAAUAUUAGAUGUAACCAUACAUUCUGUUCAUGGA